AUGGCAAGUCUAUUUGAUUUUCUACAAGUAAACAAGCAAAAGACUUUUCGUCCAAAGAAAAGGUUUCCACAAGGAACAAUGCGAUACAAUUUACAUAAGCGAGCAGAGGCUACUCUUCAUUCCGGUGUUGAUCUUCGUUUAGCAGUAAGAUUACCAGUAAACGAAAAUCUGGAUGACUGGAUUGCAGUCCACACUGUGGACUUCUUCAAUCGUAUAAAUCUAAUGUAUGGUACAAUUUCGGAUGCGUGCACCAAAGAAUCCUGCCCUACAAUGUCUGGGGGAUCUAAAUACGAGUAUUUAUGGCAAGAUGGUGCUGAAUAUAAAAAGCCGACUAGGCUGUCUGCACCGGAUUAUAUGGUUCUUUUGAUGGAUUGGAUCGAACUUCGAAUCAACGAUGAAGCAAUUUUUCCCACAUCGACUAGUGUACCGUUUCCAAAGGAUUUUCGUCAGAUCUGCAAGAAAAUACUUACUCGCCUUUUCCGCGUUUUCGUUCACGUAUACAUCCACCAUUUUGACCGUUUAGUCAGUAUUGGUGCGGUGAGUGCUAUUCACACAAAUCACAACUUGCUACCUUUCAACCGUUGGUUUGGCAAAUUGCUUUUCUUCAACUAUUUUUUUCUCGCUUUUUUUUCGGUUUCGUCGAAUUCUAAAGGACAUUUAGUGCUCGUUACGUUGUAA